AUGACAACCGACAUCCCGCCCUCCACCACCCCACCACCACAACCACCACCAGCACAAAAAACGCACAUCCUCGUCACUGGCGCCUCGUCCGGCCUCGGCCGAGCCUUUUUCGAGCACUUUUCCUCCUUCCCGCCCACAACCCACCAAGUCCGCGGCAUCGACGCCCGCCCCUACCCCACCCACCUAACCGCCUCAUCUUGCGAAGUCGGCGCCUGUGGUCGCUUUAACCAGGUCGACCUCACCGCCGAGGCCCUCGUCCAGAAGUUCGUCCGUAACGCAACCGUCCCGGGCGCUGCGGCGGCGGCUCAGUCGCGCUCGCACUCGCGGUCCGCAUCAAACCCCGGCACCCCAGUCUCCCCCACCAUCACCUAUCGCGAGCGUCAUCACCACCAUCAUCACCACCAACACCACCAUAAUCCCCGCCAACAGCAGCUCUCAGUCGCUUCCGACUCCCAGUCGAGCGCUGCCCCCACCCCACCGCCAUCCUCAUCAUCAGCAACCUCGUCCCCCCCACCCCCACCCUCAGCAACACCAGCACCAGAAAACGAUGGCAACAGCGGCGGCGGCGGCGGCGGCAGCAGCGGCCCGACAGCCACUGCCGCAGCCACAGCCGCCGCUACUACUCCCUACACCGGCCCCUUCACCCUCGUCAUCCACAGCGCCGGCAUCCGCGGGCUGGUGCCGUCGCACGAGGCGGCGCGGCCGGACGACGUGGCCGGCGCCGAGACCAUCGCCGCCAUGGACGCCGCCACGAUGCGGCGCGCCUACGAGAUCAACGCCGUCGCCACCUUCACCCUGGUCAAAGCACUGUUGCCAUCUUUCCGCUCAUCCUAUUCUUCAUCCCCUGACUACUCCAAGCCCAAGGUCGUCAUCAUGGCGUCGCGCAUGGGCAGCGUCGCCUCCAACGGCGGCAGCGAUGCACGAGGUGGAGGCUCCUCGAACGCGAUGGCAGGCGGGGCCUACGCCUACCGCGCCAGCAAGGCCGCCCUGAACGCCAUCGUGCGCAGCUUCAGCCACGACGUGCCCGAGGUCGACUUCGCGCUGGUUCACCCCGGUAGGGUGCAGACGGGGCUGGUGCGGGCGAAAGAGGAGGGAGCGAUCGAGGUCGGGGAGAGCGUCGCGGACGUGUUGAGGCUGAUCGAUAGGAUCGGGGUCGAGGAGGGUCUGGGUUCGGGCUGUUUCGUAGAUAGAUGGGGCAACGCGAUUCCGUGGUGA